CGGCCCAGGCAACGGACCUGUGCUACCCUCGCGCUCCUGACUAGCUCUCAGUUCCGCAACCGCGUCGCGCGUACGGAACCUUCAUAAAUACCUUAUAUAUUUUUCCCGUUGCAAUAAGCUUCGCGCUAUAAACUUCACACCGAACCAGCGGAGCCGAUUUAAAAGAAAAAUCCUUUGAAAAGUUGUGUCUGUUUGUGAUGGAGUAUGUACGUGAUCCUUAUCCUGGAAGAUAGAAAAGGUGAACAGAACAAGGGUGGUGUAAUAUGUAACACGUUACAUCUCUGUGACGUAUUACUGCAUCUAACCAAGCGAAAAAUCAACAAAACCGAAAAAUGGGCAAGAAAAAUUCAAAAUUGAAGCAAGAUACCAUCGACAGACUCACUAACGCCACAUACUUUACGGAAAAAGAGAUACGGCUUUGGCACAAAGGAUUUCUAAAGGACUGUCCUAAUGGCUUACUAACAGAACAGGGCUUCAUAAAAAUCUACAAGCAGUUCUUCCCUCAAGGUGACCCGAGCAAAUUCGCCUCUCUUGUAUUUCGAGUCUUCGACGAAAACAACGAUGGGUCAAUAGAGUUUGAAGAAUUCAUACGAGCCCUAUCUGUCACAUCGAGGGGAAAUUUGGACGAAAAGUUGCAUUGGGCUUUUCGACUCUAUGACGUGGACAAUGACGGAUAUAUAACACGUGACGAGAUGUAUAACAUAGUGGAUGCUAUAUAUCAGAUGGUUGGUCAAACACCCCAACCGGAGGACGAAAACACCCCACAAAAGCGCGUCGACAAGAUCUUCGACCAAAUGGACAAGAAUCACGACGAUAGGCUAACACUGGAGGAGUUUCGUGAGGGCAGUAAGGCCGACCCUCGCAUUGUACAAGCUCUCUCCCUUGGGGGAGAUUAAUCGACAGUCAUUCUCUCGCCGGAUUUCUCCUUUAAUUAAAUACUAACGCCACGUGUUGCAUUCUACUUUGGAUUUCAAAAUGAGAAUGUCCAUUACUAUGGGCUGCUUCGUAUAUUAAACAAAAUAUUUCAAAUAAAAAACAGUAGGUUUUGAUAAUAUUUAAUAUUGCAUAAACAGUUGAUAAAAUCUUGUUUCAAUACUUAAGUUUUGGAUUUACUUUCUUUUGAUUUGUUAUCAGUGUACUUAUGGAUUUAGAAAUUUACAAAUAGAGUACCAUGAUUGUUCUGUAGUCUUGUAUAUUAAACUACCCUACUUCAAAGGAAAAAUUUUACGAAAUGGUCGAGUAAAAUUACUCA